AUGGAAUUGAAGGUGGUGACAGAGAUGCAAGUGAGCCUCCUGCUGCUGCUGAUGAUUGCGUUAGCAAGAACAGCAACUGCAGAAGAUGAUCAAGCCCUGCCCGGCUGCCCCAACAAGUGCGGAGAUGUUUCAAUUCCAUACCCCUUUGGCGUAGGUGUGUCAAGUAUCACCGGAAAAAACUGUUCCUUUGAGAGAGACAUGAAUCUCACCUGCGCAGACUCCAUUCUAUACGGAGGUAACGUCCAAGUUCUGAACAUAACCCUCCUAGGUCAAUUGGAGAUGAAUUUCUUCGUCUCCUCUAUCUGCAAAAACAACAUUUCUAUUGGAGUAACAGAAUCCAACGUACCCACACUCCAAACUCAAUCCUUCACCAUUUCCAGCACGGAAAACAAGUUCAUGAGUUUAGGAUGCGACACGUACGGGUUUGUCAGCAGUUACGUCAACCAAUCUACAUACUCAACAACAGGGUGCUUGACAUUAUGUGGCGACAAACUAGAAAAUUUGGAAAACAUGCAGAUGAAUGAUGGGAAAUGUGCAGGCAGAGGUUGCUGCCAGGUGGAUAUACCGCCUGCAAUGAAGAACAUCGCUAUACAAACAAAUACAUUUAAUAAUUUCAGUAACUCUUCCGAUUCCAACAGCUGCAGCGUUUCGUUUGUGGUGAAAAAUGGCGGCUACAACUUCUCCAUUGAUCAUUUGAACCGCAUCCCAUUCGAUAUGGCUCCCAUGAUUGUUGAUUGGAGAGUUGGAGAUGCUGGCUGUAACGUUUCCAAGGAUAAAGCCAACUAUGCGUGCAAAAGUGAUAAUAGCGUUUGCGAGGACCCACCCUCUGCCGGUGGAAAUGGCUACCUAUGCAAAUGUAAACCAGGUUUUGAGGGCAACCCUUACCUUCCCCAAGGUUGCACAG